UGUCCAAUCUUUCACGAUAAGUUACACCGUGUUUACUGUAGACAAACAUUUGAUAUAUAGUUGACUAACGAAACUUGAGACAGGAAGUGUAUAAAAACGGUUAAUUACGUCCAGUUAUGUGAACGUGAUAUACCGUUAAAAGUUAUCGCAAUUUUAAUACGUAGGUAAUAUAAUACAGUGCCUCGUAUUACUAUCAAAGUUUGCAGAACCGUUUUGUUAGUUUGGAUCGCGUGGUACUGUGAGCUUUGGGUUUGAAAAAGUGUUAUCCUUCUAGUUACAAAAUUGACUUGUCAGCGACAGAAGUGCUAAUCUUCGAAUCGUGUGUUGUUUUUUCCUUGACUAUAAACAAUACAUACAAACUUAACAUAAAUUGUGUGAAUCUGUACUUAAAUUCAGUGUAAGUGUAAGCGUCAAGUGUUGCAACAGGUUCGAAUAUCCUAAAGUCGCCUCGAGCGCGUCGCGUGCGCACCACAUCGAUGUCUCAGUCGAACAAACGUACCACCGCGGAGAGUAUACUGCAUGCUGACAGACGCACUAUAUACACCGCUGGAAGACCGCCCUGGUAUAACUGCACCGGAGGGCAGGAGGUCGAGCCCUUCCUUAUUGGUAUAUGCGGUGCCAGCGCGUCGGGCAAGACGACGGUGGCCGCAAAAAUCAUAGAAUCUCUCAACAUACCAUGGGUCACCAUUGUCAGUAUGGACUCAUUCUACAAAGUACUUAACGAGAAACAGCACCAAGCGGCGACCCGUAAUGAAUACAACUUCGAUCACCCGGACGCGUUCGACAUUGAACUGCUUAUAUCCGUGCUGCAGCGACUGAGAGAAGGCAAGAAGGUUGAGGUUCCUAUCUAUAACUACGUCACGCAUUCAAGGGAGAAUAGGACUAAAACAAUGUACGGUGCAAACGUGAUCAUCUUCGAAGGUAUACUAGCGUUCUACAACGCCGAGGUCACCAAAAUGUUAGACAUGAAGGUGUUCGUGGACACUGAUGCUGACAUACGACUCGCUAGAAGACUCAGGAGAGACAUAGUGCAACGCGGCCGCGACCUGGAAGGCGUGCUGAAGCAGUACAUGACGCACGUGAAGCCCGCCUACACCAGCUACAUCGCGCCCUGCAUGGCGCACGCAGACAUCAUCGUGCCCCGCGGCGGCGAGAACAAGGUCGCCAUACACCUCAUCGUGCAGCAUGUGCAUAAGCAACUGCAGCUGCGCGGGUUCAAGGUCCGCGAGAAGCUGGCCAUCGCUCACAUCGGGCAGCCCGUGCCCGACUCACUCUACGUGCUUAAGGAAACGCCACAGGUACAAGGUCUCCACACAUUCAUCCGCAACAAGGACACUCCUCGCGACGAGUUCAUCUUCUACUCCAAGCGUCUGAUGCGGCUCGUCAUCGAGUUCGCGCUGUCGCUGCUGCCCUACUCCGACCACGUCGUCGACACGCCGCAGGGCUUCGGGUAUAAAGGUCGUAAAUGCGACGUGGAGAAGAUCUGCGGUGUGUCCAUCCUCCGCGCCGGCGAGACUAUGGAGCAAGCCGUCUGCGACAUCUGCAAGGACAUCCGCAUCGGCAAGAUACUCAUACAGACCAACCAGCAGACUGACGAGCCUGAGCUAUACUACCUCCGUCUCCCGAAAGACAUAAAGGACUACCGCGUGAUCCUGAUGGACGCGACGGUGGCGACGGGCGCCGCCGCCAUCAUGGCCAUCCGCGUGCUGCUCGACCACGACGUGCCCGAGCAGCGCAUCAGCCUCGUGUCGCUGCUCAUGGCCGACAUCGGCGUGCACUCCAUCGCCUACGCCUUCCCGCAGGUAAAAAUCGUAACAUCAGCGUUAGACCCAGAAAUCAACGAGAAGUUCUACGUGCUGCCGGGUAUUGGUAAUUUCGGUGAUCGCUACUUCGGCACCGAACCCGCUGAUGACGAGUGAAACCAAGCGACUAACUUGUAUGUCGUCCUAGAGAAAUACAAGUAAGUUUACUGCACUGUGGUACUGGUUUUAUUGGGAAAUUACCCUUUUUUUGAAGUUGGAUAAAAUGUAAAGAGGUUAAUUCUUUACAAAAAAAAAUCAUAAUGAGAAUUUUUUUUCAGCUUGUGUAAACACGAUGUAAGGAUCAAAUAUUGUUUAUGAUUUAUACAUUUUUUUUUAAGUUUGACUAUCUGAAAGUAAUCCUUUUCGUUUUUUUUGGUACCACAAUGCAAUUAUUUUGUCCCAAAAAAGCCACGCGAGUGAAAGAGAUAUUUAUUAUAAAAAUGUUAGGAGCCACGUUGAAGACGAUUAACAUCUUCUAUAAAUAAAGGCUUCUUAUACUUAUCCUGCUAAAUUCGUGUACAAAUGACGCGUAGACAUUUGUAUCAAAAAUAAUAAAAAAAAAUCGACAAAAAAAUAUGCAUCGCAUAUGCACACAGAAUAGUUAAUAAAUGAAGUACUCAAAAAACGAAACGCGAAACAAAAUCACGAUUCGUGAUUGGUUGACAGCAAACAUCACGUCAUAUAUUUUAACUCUGAUUGGUUAUUGCGUUACUCCAUUUGUUAACUCAUCUGUGGCUUGUAAUUAUAGUGAAAUAUAAUCGUGGACUGGCCCAAAAUGUAUUUAUUUAAUAUUCGUAACAUUUACACAAUUGUACGUAAGUUCGGCAUCUUGCUAUGGAAGUUGUGACAAAGUUUUUAGUACCUCAAGUGUAUUCCCGUCCAAUAGGAACAUAGAACACUGCCAUAUAACAAUUUUAGACAUUGACAUAUGAAAACGAAUUGUAUACCGCACUAGAUAAAGCAUAAUAUUGUUUGAUGUAGACUGUUGAAGCUAUAGAAAUGCAAACAAAUGUGAUGCAAAAAAAAAAACGCUUAGAAAUAUGGUGACAAAUAUAGUCAAAUAGAGCUAAAGUAUAAGAUAUCAGAAUAAGUACUUAAUUUUGUCAAUAUUUUCAUACGAUAUUGUUACAUGUCAAUCAAAUUCUAGUGGUUCAAAAACACAAAUCAAGAACCAUCAUUCGUUCAAAUUAAAUGCAACCAGCAAUAUGCCUUAUAGUAUUAACGUAAGUCUUGUCAUAAAAUAAAUGAAAGUGCCAGCAUGUAAUUCAAUGAAACUUAAAUGUUGCCAGAAUUUGUCGUGAAAAACUACUAAUAUAGUAAUUUUUAACCCAAGUGUGUGUAGUCUAGGUGAAUAGAAUUAUCCAGUUCAAUAUGACUUACCUCGAAAUACUCAAACGUUACUUAACUUUUAGGUCUUACUUAUUUCCUUUUUCUGUCGCUUCAACUUAAUGUAAGUAUGACAGUGACAGAAUGAUUUUUAAGUAGAACUUAAAUUUAGCGACGUUAAAGUAUUCGGCGGUUAAUAUAUAAAUAGUACCAGUAGCAUUAAAUACGUAUACACGGAGGAACUAAAGACACAUGUUAGGGGUUGUAGAAAUAUCUACCUAGUCCAUAGCAACGUAAAAGUCGCGUAGAUCUCCACGCUUAGACGUAUAACGUAACCCAAAACGUAAAUUGUUAUGUGCUCGUUGACAUGCGGGAUAUGCACUCAAAAGUAAAUAAAUCUUUUAAUAUAAAAACAAUAGCAGCAAGUCAUGUUUUUGUAUUACAUGACUUACAAUGUAAUACAAAAACAUGACUUGCUGUAAACGAAAAAAUAUUUAAAUUACUUAUGUAAAAUUCUUAAAAUACACUUGCGCUCAAAUUAUAAUUACAACCACAAUUACCAGAGUAUGACAUAAACAUUUCAGAAAGAAUUGACAUUAAAUAUACCUUGCACAACCCUUGUCCAACACAUAAGACGUAAUAUUUAUUAAAAUGUACUUACAAAAGAGUUGACAAAACAGUCACAGUAGUCUGCAAGCUAAAGUCACAAAACAUCGCUUAGCCAAAGAAUAGUUCCUAGAACGAACUAAAACGUAAUGUAGGAAACAUAUUAACUAAUGCCUUUUGGGGCGCCACUGAGACUUACAACUUAUCUCAUCGUCAUUAGCCUUUUUACUGUCCCACUGCUGGGCACAGACCUCCUCUCACAUAGAGAAGGAUUGAGCGUUAAUCACCACGCUUGCUCAAUGCGGAUUGGAUUCCGGAUAUCUCAUCUAAUUGUAAUAAUGUAAUAUUUCCCUCUUUCUAGUUUACAAUUUUGUAACGGUUCAUAUUUGAGAGCAAUCUUUAAGAAUACAAAAAAAAAAUCUACCAAAAAACCGUGUAACUUUCUUAAGAUAUGGUCUCAAAUAUUGAACAUUUGGUAAUAUAAAAUAGUCAUAUCGGUCGUAAGCUCCCAAAAGGCGUCAAAGGAUUUGUGUUAACAUCAGACUUCCAUAGUAACUUGCCCAAUCGGCUGAUAUCUAGACUGGUAUACUAAAUCGAAUUAUAUGGACAGUGUUUUUAGAAGGGAAUUAAAUUCAUGUUUUUUGCCUUAUACAUAUAUACAGUUUUGCCAUGGAGUUGGCAAACAUACUGAAACUUAAUAUGUGAAUCCAGUUAAUAUGAAGAAAACGUAAUUUUUUAAGAAUAAAAAAUCUUCUAAUUCCCUUUUAAAUAAGUCUGUCGUUACUUAUUAAAAUCAAGUAAUGCUUUUAAUUUAAAUUGUGGUUGCUUAUAAAUAUCAUUGUAAUGAAUCCAUCGAUGUAAUUAUUAUUCUUCAUAUAAAUGUAUACAUUUUCGUAAUCUGCUUUCUACUUGAGUAUAAUGAAUUGUAAAAUUGUGUAGAUUUUAAUAAACUGCGCACAUUUCAGUUUUUCUUAAAGAAUUCUUGAUGUAUUUAUAAUUGAAUUUAGUAGUCGAUGUUUUUAGUCAUUUCUGUCUUAAAUUUAGCAUAAUAUUAUUAUCUCGUAAUAGUAGUAGUUUGCAAAAGGUAUUUUUUUAAAUAACGCGAGGUUUUAUAUCAUGUAGUGAAGUUUUUUCUGUUACAAAAAUAUGUACGAUUUUUUGUUUCUUGUUGAGCUACCUCGCGCCAAAAAAUGUAGGUACAAUACUUAGUUCCAAGAGACUUUGACUUUAUGUUCAGACUAAGUUUCAUUCCUAUCUUUUAUUAUUAUGUACUGCCAUUUUCUUUCUUCAGUAUUAGGAUAUUUUUGCUGUUUUUCUACGAACUAUAUCUGAAAAACGUUUUUAUAUGUAUAUAUUAGAGGAAUCGGCAAUUUAUUUAAAAAAUAUGAGACCUCGCUUCGUGGAAUGAAAAUCAUGAUAUUAUUUAGUUUAAUUUUACUAUUUAUUUGACGGUAUUCGUGUACUGUGUAGUCGUAAGCUUUAGUUAGUAAAUAAAUUUUAACACUUAAUGAAUGUGCUUAAUUUUUUUUACGUUUCUUGGAGACAGUUUUUUCUAGUUGUUUUUAGUAAGGUAUUUGCAUUAUUAGAAUCGUAUUUAAUAGUCACAUGUUGAAAGAUUUAUUUCACUUCAAAAACCAAAAUUGCAAAAGUGUACAAAUGUUUUUACAUGUGACUGUACUUUUAGUAAAUCACGUAUUUUGUAAUUACAAACCGCCAAGUAAUGAUUUGAAUAAUAGCCGCUGUCGGCUUACCUUAAAAUAUAUUUAUGUUAUGACUCGAAUUGAAACGCUUACAAGGCAAUACUUUGUAUCCAGACAAAAUAUCAAAUAGGUAUAUGACAUGCUUCCAAACUCUGGCUGUUUGAACGCAAUACAACUUGAAACUGACUUUGUAAACAAUAAAAUAACUUGUGAUAAUAAUAUUCUAAAAUGUUUUAUUCAAAUAUUAAUCAUAAUGCAUUUAAAGAUAAUAUCCAACUUUUUCUUUUAACAAAAGUUGUCAGCGUUCAAAUGAUCAAGAAAAAUACAUUAUCCAAUAAUAAAAUUAUUUACACAAUAUACAUAAAUGCACAAUAAUGUGUACAAUAUACAUAAUUUGUACCUAGCUAAUGUAUAAAUGUAAGUCGCUGUGAAUAUUAAAUCGAAUAAAAAAACAAAAAAAAA